AUGGCGUCUCCAGCAGAACCAGCCUCCCCAGUAGAAAGCACUGAGGAUGAAGGAACGGAUUCUGUUUCUGAACUGAAUAGCUCACCCGUGAACAAUCUGGAGGCAAAGAGCCCCGAAAGUGCUCUCAAAAGAAUGUUAAGCUUCAGGAGAAGUAAACGAAGUCCAGCCAAAGACAAAGCAAGCGAAGACUCUGGCACCCUGAGACGAAACAAAGGUUUUACACUGAAAGGCUUCAAACAAAAUGAAGAGGGCAGCAGUGCUAAAAACAUGACCGACACCAGUGUGGACAAGAGUGGGGAGAAUACAGGGGCAGAUCCCAUUCUCGCAGUUACUCCUCCUCCUUCUGAAAACCAGAUACCUGAGCUCAGUGAAAAAAUGGCGUCUCCAGCAGAACCAGCCUCCCCAGUAGAAAGCACUGAGGAUGAACUGAAUAGCUCACCCGUGAAUAAUCUGGAGGCAAAGAGCCCCGAAAGUGCUCUCAAAAGAAUGUUAAGCUUCAGGAGAAGUAAACGAAGUCCAGCCAAAGACAAAGCAAGCGAAGACUCUGGCACCCUGAGACGAAACAAAGGUUUUACACUGAAAGGCUUCAAACAAAAUGAAGAGGGCAGCAGUGCUAAAAACAUGACCAGUGUGGACAAGAGUGGGGAGAAUACAGGGGCAGAGCCCAUUCUCUCAGUCAUGGAAAUAAAUGAACUUAUUCAGAAAAAGCAACUUUUGGAGGCAUUUGCAAGCAUCAGGUGUUUGGAGAAAGAAGUUAUAACUGAAAAAGAGGCCAAGAAAUAUGAAGACAAUCCUACAGAAUAUGCCCGGAAAGCCAAGGAUGUGGAUUUGCUUUGUAACUCUGUUGCUAACUCAAUCAAAUCCAUUGUGGAGGAAACACUUGAUCAGUUCGAUAUAGAUGAAAGUUUGUUGACUUCUAUGGUGACCGUAAUCUCCAAGGAAGAAAAAGCUCAUGCUGAUGUACAGAGCCCCAGCUCUUCAGAAUCGGACUGGGUUGGCAGACCCAGAAAAUGGCGAGACGUGUGGAAGGAAGCUGUCAGAGGGAGUGCUGAAAAGAGAGUCCGUAACGUGCCUAUUUCAUUGAAGGAGGACAACGAUUCUUGGCUCGCUAUCCAUUUAGGGUUCCUCAGAAAAUCUGUUACUGAAGAUUUAUUGAAAAUCAAGCAGUCAGUACAAAAGUGUUACCCAGAUGACUAUAAAGUUUGUGGAAGAUACGUGGAGUCCUUUCACGGUGCCAUUUCUUCACACCUGCAAAAUCUCUUGCAGAGACCCUUGGAAUUCAAUGAACUUUACGCAUUACUUGAUUGGGUUGUUAACACGUACUAUAGCAAAACUCUCCUGGGACACCCUGAUCUCCAAGCGGAGGUAAAGACUGAGAAUCUCCCUCAGUUGUUACCAUCAGAAACUUGGAAUAAACUGAAAAAGGACUACAAGGAUUCUCUAGCGGAGAAAAUAAAGCACUAUUUGGAUAACAUUCUGAAGCUGGAGACCAGAAAAAAGUGGAAGGAGGAAAAGCAGCCAGAAACCUCACAAACCGAGUACGACUCAUCGCUGUCCUUGGAUAUUCAAACGUUCAUUGGACAGCAUAAGAACGAAUCUGGCAAAAUCUUGGAAAGUCUGGAAACUGCAACUCUUGAGAUCAGCAUAAGAGAACUGAGAGAAUUCAUACCAAGAUUCAGGAAGGCAUUUGUGGAGUGGUACAAAGAGAGAGAGGAUUUGUUGUUUGUGCCAUAUUUAGUAGCCUACGUUAACAGCUUCCGUGAUCUGAUGAGAGGCUUACAAACAACAUUUAACGCUGACACUACAGAACUGGAAAAUGUCCUGACUGAUGUGACAAUGAGCUUCAGAAAGGAUGUUCUUGAUAAAUUAAAACAAAAAACGCAGCCACUCUUUAAGAAAAUUCUGACCAACGCAUGGAUGUUAAAUAGUGAAAUACUGGACUCAAUAAUGUCAGCAACUGUACAAUUUUGCCAACACCUAAAACAUUUAGAGCAGCCUGUUAACAAGGAUUUUCUAGGGGAUGCUCACAAGUACAUGGUGAGAGAGUACAUCACACAGGCUAUCAAACCGAGAAAGAGAAUGAAGAGAGCCAAGCGGGAAAAGGUUGGCAAAAAGAUGAAGGAAGAAGCUACUGUCAUACAUAACCGCUUCGAAGAGCUGGGCUCUGAUGUGGAUUGGCUUAAUUCUGCCAUUCAUUACAUUGCAAACAUAAUUUCCGAGAAGAACAAACACAAAAUCAAGGAAUAUAUUGAGGAAAUAUGUCAGGCUUAUCCAGAUGUCAGAAAGGAACAUAUUGAAGCUGUUCUCACCUGUCGAGGAUUGGACCGAAACAAGAAAAAGUCCAUUAUUCAGAAAAUAGACAAACUCCAAGAAAAUGCAGAAAGCGUGGCUGAUAGAACACUCUUUGCCGAGAUUGACACUCCAACUCUUGUCACAUGCUUUUAA